GGUACCGCCCCCACCCGGAGUCCACGGCUCCGCCCCCUCGCGGCCGGGCCCGGGGUGGGAGGCGGGGCCGCGACCUGGGGCCCGGUGGGGCGAAGCCUGUCCCGGCUGGCUGCCUGGGACUGGGGCAGAGUUACCAGCCGACUGCCCCGGCUCGGAUCGCGCCGACCUCCCGCUGCCCGAGGCCCGCGCUGGGAGUGGGCCUAGCGCUCUCGCCUCGUCUCUCGGCGGGUCGGCUCCCACGCGUGCUCGGGCGCCCCCCACAGUGGCCUUGUGCAGAGAGUCGCCGGCCGGGGUCGCUGUCAGGAUAUUUCUACAUCUUAAAAGAAAAGCAGAAAUCUUUGUGAAGUAAAGCAAAAAUAUCUCCUGGAAUAGAUGGAUUUUUGGUAACUUUCUGUGAACUAAAGCGAUUCAAUGUCUCUUUUGAACUGUUUCUGCACUUCAAGAACACAAGUUGAAUCACUCAGACCCGAAAAACAGCCUGAAUCCAGUAUUCAUCAAUACUUGGUUGACAAGCCAACCCUUUCCUGGUUGCCCCCAUCCGCUGAAGCCCCUGAAGUGAUUUGUUCUACCAAUGUUUCUCAGUAUGAGCUCCAAGCCGAGAUAGGAAGAGGGUUUGAUGAUUUGACUUCAGUCUACCUUGCCCGGCAUACUCCUACAGGAACGCUCGUGACUGUCAAAAUUACAAAUCUAGAAAACUGCUCAGAAGAACGCCUAAAAGCUUUACAGAAAGCAGUGAUUCUAUCUCACUUUUUCCGGCACCCCAAUAUUACAACUUAUUGGACCGUUUUCACUGUUCGCAGCUGGCUUUGGGUUAUUUCUCCAUUUAUGGCCUAUGGUUCAGCCAGUCAGCUCUUGAAGAGGUACUUUCCUGAUGGAAUGACUGAAACUUUAAUAAGAAGCAUCCUCUUUGGAGCAGUGAAAGGGUUAAACUAUCUGCACCAGAAUGGCUGUAUUCACAGGAGUAUUAAAGCAAGCCAUAUCCUCAUUUCUGGUGAUGGCCUAGUGACCCUCUCUGGCCUGUCCCAUCUUCAUAGUUUGGUUAAGGAUGGACAGAGGCAUAGGGCUGUGUAUGAUUUCCCACAGUUCAGCACAUCAGUGCAGCCGUGGCUGAGUCCAGAACUACUGAGACAGGAUUUGCAUGGAUAUAACGUAAAGUCAGAUAUUUACAGUGUUGGAAUUACAGCAUGUGAAUUGGCUAGUGGACAGGUCCCUUUCCAGGACAUGGAGAGGACGCAGAUGCUGUUACAGAAACUGAAAGGUCCCCCUUAUAGCCCACUGGAUGCCAGUAUUUUCCCUCAGUCAGAAUCUAGAAUGAAAAGUUCCCGAUCGGGUGGCGACUCUGGAAUUGGAGAAAGUGUUCUUGUCUCCGGGGGAACUCGCACAAUAAAUAGCGACAGAUUACAAACCCCAGCCGCAAGAACUUUCUCUCCUGCCUUCUUUAGCUUAGUACAGCUCUGUUUGCAACAAGAUCCUGAAAAAAGGCCAUCGGCAAGCAGCUUAUUGUCCCAUGUUUUCUUCAAACAGAUGAAAGAUGAAAGUCCGGAUUCAAUUCUUUCUCUUUUGCCUCCUGCUAAUCACAAGCCACCAGUAACUCUGCCUCCCGCAGCACCUUGGACUGAGCUGGAAUGUGAAUUUCGUGAUGAAGAAAACACAGGCUGGGAUUUUUAGGGCUGCCAAAUCCUUUUAUGUCCUAUAUACUUGACACAUUUUUCCUGCUGCUUUUUCUUCUGUAUUGCUAAAACUAAAAAACUAGAAUUAUACUUGAAAAUACAGUUGGUGCACUGGAGAAUCUACCAUUAAAACCACUCUGUUCAAAAGAGCAUGAGUUUAUAAGCCUUUCGUUAGCUCAGAACACUAUAACAACUCCAGGGAAACUUCAGAAUUAUUCAUCUACGUGCAUUUAAUGUCGUUUAUUCUCAUUCUUUCCUGAAGCUGUGACUAACUCCUCUUCAUGAUCUUAUAAUGUAAUUUUGAGCCAGUUAAUUUUUCCAUUUUUUUUUUUUUGGCCCUUAGGGGAACGAGCCUUCAGAGGACCGUGCUGCCAACUACAUUUUUACUUCAGAUUAUGUAGCAUUUUUGAUCAGCUACUGUUAGACCAACAAUUUAGAUUAUCCUGGCACCUUUUUUUGGUAGGAGGAAAAUGUUUAUAUUUCUCCAUGUUUUUCUGUUGAUACUUAUGGUAAUAUCAGACAAACUGAGCCUCACAUUAAAUCAUUCACUUGAGAUCUACAGAGAAGUUGUUAUUUGCUUUUUUUAAAAAAGGGGGUUAAAAUAACACUUUUCUAUUAAUGUAAUUUAUAGAUACUAAAUUCAUGCACCCCGUGGGAGCUC